AUGGUCAAGUAUGAAGCAUGCAUCCUCGAGAUCAGGAUAGCGGUCGACAUGAACAUCAAGGAACUUUUGUUCAUAGGGGAUUUGGAUCUAUUGAUACCUCAAGUUCAAGGAGAAUGGACUACCAAGAACUUCAAGAUCCUUCCAUAUCUGCAUUGUGUAAAGGAGCUAUGCAAGAAGUUCACAAAGAUCGAGUUCAAGCACAUUCCCAGGAUCCAGAACGAGUUUGUCGAUGCUCUUGCAACCUUAUCAUCCAUGAUUCACCAUCCAGAUAAGAAUUACAUCGACCCUAUCGAGAUAGAGAAUAGGGACCAACAUGCAUACUAUUUUCAUCUGGACGAAGAGCUAGAUGGUAAGGCAUGGUACUUCGACAUCAAAAGAUUCCUUGAAGCAAGAGAGUAUCCACAGAAUGAUACUAAUGUUAGAAGCGAGCACUUAGAAGGCUGA